UAGCAAAAAAAAAAAAAAAAAAUCCAUUCAUCAGAGCUCACUGGUGGGUGUGCAUCUGGGGCCAGACACUGAGUUGCUCAAUAUGACAAAAGUCCAAAGUGCUGUGAGGACAACCACCAGGUGAACGACUCAGAGGAGGAUGUACUUGCAGUGGCCAAGUGGUCAGGGCAUAGAAGAGAAUGAGCCAGGGGUUUUUAACAAUCUACAGGGACUGGGCAGUUCACCAGGGAGCUGUGAACAAGGACACAGAGAAGUGAGUGGGAACAGCAGGCCUGGGCCCGCACUGUCCCACUGUGCCCAGCCUUCAGCGCCAGGCCAGCUGGGCAAGGCUUGCCCUGCCAGCCACCGAGAGUCACCGGAGGGCAUUGCAGAGAGAUAAGCACGUGCAGACGCACCAUGUAGUCUUUCCCAGAAGUGCAGACAUGACAUUUCCGGUUGGUCUUGAAUGUCUACCUCUGCCAAGCCGCCUCUUCUCCUACACGAGCAAAUGAACCUUCCAUCCGAAUGGCCCGUGUGAAGAGCACUGUAAUUGUCUAGACAAUUUCCUCUCACCCCCUCUCAGCUUGAAGCUUCCAGUCGGUAGAAGAGGGAAGACAGGAGAGCAACAGUGUCUCUGCGGGGUCCCCUGGGCACAUGUGAGUUGGUGCCCAGCCAGGCUCCAGAGCCGCCCAGACUAGCAAGGGACCUGACCACGCAGAUGGGACUGGAGGUGUUCUGCACGCCUCCCGCAGGCGCCUGAGGAGCGGGAUCCCCGAGGCGCAGGGAGCCACCCGGCUGGCUUAGCAGGUGGCGGGCCAUGGCCAGCACGGCCGUGCAGCUGCUGGGCUUCGUGCUCAGCUUCCUGGGCAUGGUGGGCACGCUCAUCACCACCAUCCUGCCGCACUGGCGGCGCACGGCACACGUGGGCACCAACAUCCUGACGGCCGUGUCCUACCUGAAGGGACUGUGGAUGGAGUGCGUGUGGCACAGCACCGGCAUCUACCAGUGCCAGAUCUACCGGUCCCUGCUGGCGCUGCCCCGCGACCUGCAGGCGGCGCGCGCGCUCAUGGUCAUCUCCUGCCUGCUGUCCGGCUUCGCCUGCGCCUCGGCCGUCGUGGGCAUGAAGUGCACGCGCUGCGCCAAGGACACGGGCGCCAAGGCCACGUUCGCUGUGCUGGGCGGUGCGCUCUUCAUCCUGGCCGGCCUGCUCUGCAUGGUGGCCGUCUCCUGGACCACCAACGACGUGGUGCAGAACUUCUACAACCCGCUGCUGCCCAGCGGCAUGAAGUUCGAGAUCGGCCAGGCGCUGUACCUCGGCUUCAUCUCCUCGUCCCUCUCGCUCAUCGGCGGCACCUUGCUCUGCCUGUCGUGCCAGGACGAGGCACCCUACAGGCCCUACCAGGCCCAGCCCAGGGCUACCACGACCACCGCACCCGCCUACCGUCCUCCGGCCGCCUACAAGGACAACCGGGCCCCCUCGGCGACCUCGGCUUCGCACAGCGGCUACCGGCUGAACGAUUAUGUGUGAGUCCUGGCCGCCAGCUGUCCCGACACUGCGCCCCGGGGGACUGUUGACAGGCAGGAGUUCCAGCACAGUUGACUUCGGGGCUAUUUUUGCAUCCAAGGAAACAAAUGUGAACGUGAAGAAAUGUUCUCAGAACCCAGGGAAAGAGGGGGAGUAGGAAGAGAGAAAGCUUUAUAUACCAAAGACACGGAAACAAUCUUUUCUGUUUUUGUAUUUAUUAUACGUAUUUAUGUGGGUGACUUAAUAACAGCUCAGUAAGAGGUGGCUUGGGGGGCUGGUUGGCGGGGUUUGUAAUACAGGAAUAAACUUUCAGAUGUGGCUGUUUAUGGA